AUGUUCACCAACUCGAAGAAACCUUCGAUUCGCUUUAGCAAAGUGUUGGAUGACGCUAAGCGCAUCACCAUGUUGAUUGGCAUCAAUGUGAUGGAGCGGAAGUUCGUUUACAAACCACUGACCUGCCUCACUAUUGUCCUGCUCACCAUCUUCAUGUCCUUCUCUAUCUUCACGGUCGCACGGGAGGCCUACACCUCAGCUGACUGGAAGAGCUGUCUCAAGUACUGCGUACUGGUGGGCAGUGGUGGACAGUGUGUCUCACGUCUAGAGACCGGCAUUGUAAAGCACUCAAAUAUGCGUCGCUUAGCGCUCUUUUGCCAGCUGCUUUAUGCCAAAUACGAGAAGAUGGGCGGGGAGUACGAGCGCGAACUGGGAAAAUGUGUGGAUGCUGUGGAGCGCGUCAUCAAGCUCAUACGUCUGGGCUAUUUCGUCAUCUUUGCCUCUUUAUUGGGCCUUCCCAUUAUCCUCUGGCUGACGGAUGGACCUCGGUAUCUGGUACUGCAAUAUCACAUACCAGGUAUCGACCCCGACACCAAUACCGGCUUCUAUCUCACGAAUGUCGUGCAAAUGGUCACGAUUGUCAUCGCGGGCGUUGGACUAUACGCAGGUGACCUGUAUGUGCUGAUAUUUCUGAUACAGGCGCGCCUAUUUAGCUUGGUUCUAAAACUACGUGUGGCCGAUAUCAAUGCCCUAUUGGAGCCGGAGAAUAACAAGAUCAAUGAGUUGGCAAUCACGCGCGAACUCCAGAGCAUUGUGCGCUGGCACCAACUAUAUCUGAAGUAUAACGACAUUGUCAACGAUCUUACGCACUAUGUCGUUGCCACCCAGGUGCUGACAUCGGCAAUGUCUACCACCAUCUCAAUCUUCAUUAUGCUUACCUCGGAGCCAUGGCCUAUGGGCUAUUUCUAUUUGCCUUUGUCCUACUACUCCCUGAUUGUUUACUGCAUACUUGGCACACAAAUCGAAUAUGACAACGAUGAAAUCUGCUAUGAAAUGUACAACAUUUCUUGGUAUCGCAUGACCGUUAAUCAACGCAAAAUGGUUCGCCUGAUGAUCAUGGCCUCGCAGCAGCCGAAGACAUACAAAAUCAUGUCCGUUAUACCAUUGACUGUGAGCACAGCACUCGAGAUGACUCGCAUAAUCUAUAGCUUGUCUAUGAUGAUAAGCAACACGGAACAGAGCAAGUAAAGUAAUUCAAGGCGAAGGAAUUAUACCAAC